UGCGCAGCCCUCGGAGCGACGGCGCGCCGGGUCAAGGGUCACAGGCAAGAUGGCGGCGGCAGUGACCUUCCGCCAGCUGCUGUGGCUGCCCCGGGUGGCCCGGAGUUUCGGCGUGCGGGUGUCGCCGACAGGGGAGAAGGUCACGCACACCGGCCAGGUUUAUGAUGAUAAAGACUACAGGAAAAUUCGGUUUGUAGGUCGCCAGAAAGAGGUGAAUGAAAACUUCGCCAUUGAUUUGAUAGCAGAGCAGCCUGUGAGCGAGGUGGACCACCGAGUGAUCUCCUGUGACGGCGGCGGGGGCGCCCUGGGCCACCCCAAGGUGUACAUCAACCUGGACAAAGAAACGAAAACCGGGACAUGUGGCUACUGUGGCCUACGGUUCCAACAGCAUCGUCAUUAGCUUCAGCUCCCUGUCGCCCAGCACCGCGGGGUGCCUCAACCUCAGGAGCACAGUGUAGGCGCCACUCCCUGUGCAGGGGCCCUGCUGAAUAAAGACACCUCCCGCGA